AUGCUGUACCUCGUCGGUCUCGGACUCGCUGACGAGACUGACAUCACCCUGAAAGGUUUAGAAGUAGUGAAACGCGCAGAACGAGUUUACCUCGAAGCAUACACGAGCAUUCUCCAUGUGGGAAAAGAGAAAUUGGAGUCAUUUUACAGCCGCCCGGUGAUCGUGGCAGAUCGGGAAAUGGUUGAAUCAUCCAGCGAUGAAAUUCUCGAGGGUGCAGACAAGAUCGAUAUAGCAUUCCUCGUUGUUGGGGACCCUUUUGGGGCCACAACACAUACAGAUCUCGUCCUCCGCGCUCAGGAGCUGUCUAUCCCCACGAAAUCGAUUCCCAAUGCCUCGAUACUGAACGCUAUUGGCGCCUCCGGGCUGCAGCUGUACAACUUUGGACAAACUGUGUCCAUGGUCUUCUUCACCGAUACCUGGAAACCUGCAAGUUUCUACGAUCGAAUCCGCGAAAAUGUCUCCAUCGGUCUCCAUACAUUGGUCCUAUUGGAUAUAAAAGUGAAAGAACAGUCACUUGAAAACAUGGCAAGAGGAAGGAAAAUCUAUGAGCCUCCACGCUACAUGACCGUUGCACAAUGUGCACAGCAAAUGCUCGAAAUUGAAAAAGAGAAGAAUGAAGCUGUAUACAGUGAAGACAGUCUGGCAAUCGGGUGUGCGAGAGUGGGCGCAGAUGACCAAACAUUCGCAUGUGGAACACUCAAGGAAUUGUCUGAAAUUGAUCUUGGUCCUCCUCUCCACAGUGUUGUACUCCUCGGUAAAAGAGCGCAUGAGCUGGAAAAAGAUUACAUCAAAGCUUUCGCUGUGAAUGAAGAGACGUUUGAGACAAGCUGGAAGAAGUAUCAUGAACGAAGACAACAAAACGAUCGGGCAUAUGAUUUAUCACAUUCGUCAGACUAA